AUGAUGUUCGACCUCUUCGUUUCCUUUCUUAUCCUAAAGAUCUCGCUCACAUUAUAUCUUCACACAGUUCAAGGAAACGAUGUGUGCAGACAAGCUCGGUACCAACUUCCCCUCAUCAAUAAAUCCCUUAUUGGUCACGUGAUCAUCAGCGUGCUUGUAAACGACAAUGACGAGUGCCAGCUUCGAUGUUACAUAGAACCUAAGUGCCUCUCUUAUAAUGUGGGACCUCACAUGGUUUAUGGACACGAAUGUGAGCUCAGUGAUUCAGAUCACGUGCAACACCCUCAGGAUUUGGUCCUCAUGCCAGGUUACACGUACAUAGGGACUAUGAAUGGUUGCUCGUCUAGUCCAUGUCUAAACAACGCCACCUGCCUUUCGUUGACACCAACAACUUUCCAGUGCGAAUGUAGCGAGGGAUUUACCGGGUUAAACUGCGAAACGGGAAAGAGUUGCCGGGAUAUUAAAACUGCGUCACCGCACGCUCCAAAUGGUAUGUACCGCAUAUAUCCUGAUGGCGGGCACAGCUCUAUAUGGGUCUAUUGUGAUAUGACGUCAUUUGGGGGCGGAUGGACGAUGUGUUACUCAACCAAUAACAGCGUUAAUCCUAGAAAGGAAGUGACAUACAACGAACGUCGGCUAUAUGGAACAAAUGGCUACAGAACUAACUGUAAUCAUAUUCAGUUUCGUGAAAUUCUUUUUGUUGACGAACUCAAGGGUGACCAAGCCUUCUUUACAUAUCAGUUUGGCUCCAGUCUCGUACCAGCGGGAAAUUACCAAAAACAAUUUCCAGGGUUUUGGAGAGCAGGAGAUGUGGCAGACACAAGAUAUAAUUAUGAGCUUCUCAUCUGUAAUACAAACUUCUACUCUGGAUUCAUCGUGACAGGCCACUUUUACUACUGCAGGAAACGCUGCACGUUCUGGUGCAGUGAUAUGAUCUCUCCAUUCUUCCGGUCAGCGACUACUUCAAGAGCAUUUACUGGUGUGGCCUUUAAUGUCAAUGGCCACCGGCCUCUUAACAGCAGCCUGAUCAGUGUUGGGCUGAGAUAA